GGAGGCCUGCUGGAAACAGGACUUCUAAAAGGCAAAUAUGUCUGAAAGGCUGUGGUGCAAGGCCAUUUUUGCUGGCUAUAAGCGAGGUCUCCAGAACCAGAGAAAGCACACAGUUCUUCUUAAAAUUGAAAGUGUUUAUACCCGAGAUGAAACUGAAUUUUACUUGGGCAAAAGAUGUGCUUAUGUGUAUAAAACAAAAAGCAACACAGUGACACCCGGAGGCGGAGGCAAACCAAACAAAACUACAGUAAUCUGGGGAAAAGUACCUUGGGCCCAUGGAAACAGUGGCAUGGCUCAUGCCAAAUUCCAAAGCAACCUUCCUGAAAAGGCCAUUGGACACAGAAUCCGUGUGAUGCUGUACCCUUCCAGGAUUUAAACU